AUGAUAAUUCCAACCGCAAAGACCAGAUUCCAUGUCCUGAGAAGUCAAGAAUGUAAAGGUGAAAUGUCUAGAGACUAUGAUCCAGUGGUCCAUGCGAUUUGUGGACCCAAUAAAUAUCCUGAUGAACAAAUUAAAUCAGGAUUCUGUGAUAUCGGAACCUUGUCAGAAGCACAAGCUCUUCUCAAAUGGAAGGCCACCCUUCAAACCCAGAGCCAUUCUGUCCUCUCUUCAUGGACACUUUAUCCUGUUAAUGCCGGCCACAAUUCUACUCAACGUGCAGCCAAAAUGAGCCAUUGUUCCUGGUUUGGAAUUUCUUGUGACCAUGCUGGAAGUAUCCAUAGAUUGAACCUGUCUAAUGCAAAUUUAAAAGGUACGCUUGAUGAAUUAUCAUUCUCAUCAUUUCCUCAUCUUGUGUAUCUUGAUCUUAGCAUAAAUGAACUUUUUGGAAUCAUCCCUUCGCAAAUUGGUUAUCUUUCAAAAUUGAAAUAUCUCGACUUUUCAACUAAUCAAUUUUCUGGGAAAAUACCAACUGAAAUUGGUGUCCUGACUCAUCUGGAGACCCUCCACCUAGCUGAGAAUCAAUUAAAUGGUUCAUCAAUUCCUAAUGAAAUAGGACAACUAAAGUCUCUCAUUGAUCUUGCUCUGUAUAGUAAUGGUUUGGAGGGUUCAAUUCCUGCUUCUUUGGGAAAUUUGAGCAACUUGGCUUGGUUAUAUCUUUAUAAUAAUUCACUUUCAGGUUCCAUUCCUCCAGAGAUGGGAAACCUCUCUGGUUUACUUGAACUUUACAUGGAUACCAAUAGCUUAACAGGUCAAAUCCCUACCGCUUUUGCCAAGUUAAGAAAACUAACCGUGUUGUACAUGUUCAAAAACCAACUUUCUGGUUCCAUUCCUCAAGAAUUAGGAAAUUUGGAGUCUCUCUUUCAUAUGAGUCUUCAUAGCAACAAUCUUUCAGGUUCUAUUCCAGCAUCUCUAGGUGGGUUGAAAAAUUUGAAAUUGCUUCAUUUAUACCAUAAUACACUGUCAGGCUCUAUUCCCACUGAAAUAGGAAAUCUAAAAGACCUCGUGGAUUUAGAGCUAAGCCAAAAUAAACUCAGUGGUCCUGUUCCUGAUUCCUUAAAAAAUUUGAGCAACUUACAGUUUUUAUACCUUCGGGAAAACAAUCUUUCUGGAACCAUUCACGAGAGAAUUGGAUUCAUGAGGUUCAUUCAUUUACAAUUAGACAGCAACCACUUCACUGGUCACUUACCCCAUAAUAUAUGUCUUGGUGGUUCUCUGGAGAGGUUUAGUGUCCAUGGCAACAAUUUUUUCGGUCCAAUUCCCAAUGGCUUGAGAAACUGCACAAGCCUAACAAGGCUCCUUAUUCAAGGAAACAAACUUAGUGGAAAUAUAUCUGAAAGUUUUGGAGUGUAUCCAAAGCUUGAAUAUAUAGAUCUCAGUCAAAACAAGUUCUAUGGUGAGAUUUCAUCAAUCUGGGGAAUGUGUCCAAAAUUACAUUCUCUAAAGAUGGCAGAGAAUCAUAUUACUGGCAGCAUACCAGUUGAGCUUGGAAACUUAACUCACCUAGAAAUUGGAAAAUUGAGUCUGCUGGAGGAGCUGAUUUUGAAUGGGAAUCAACUUUCUGGUGCUAUACCUCCAGAAAUUGGGUCACUAACAGAAAUUACCAGUCUUGACUUGUCCUCGAACAUGUUGAGCAAAUCAAUCCCUGCAACUCUUGGGAACUUGUCGAAAAUUCAUUACUUGAAUUUGAGCAACAACCAGUUUUCCCAAGAAAUUCCACCUCAGUCGGGGAAACUAAGUCUGCUGACAGAUCUGGAUUUGAGUCAUAAUUUCCUUAGCGGAGAGAUACCCUCUGAAAUCUGUGAUUUAGAGAACUUGCAGAAUCUUAAUAUCUCCCACAACAACUUCUCUGGUUUCAUUCCUAGAGAAUUUGAGAAGAUGAACCUGUUGAGUAUCGACAUAUCCUACAAUGAGUUGCACGGUCCAAUUCCCAACAGCACAGCCUUUCGAAAUGCUACCAUAGAAGAAUUACAAGGGAACAAAGAUUUGUGUGGUAAUGUUAGAGGUCUGCGACCUUGCAGUACUUUAUUACCAGCAAAACAUGGCCUGCACAACGGUUUGAAAAUCUUUUUUACAGCUUUUUUCCCUCUUCUAGGAGCUCUUGUUCUUUCGGUUGUGGUGAUCUGUGUAAUUUUUAGUUCCAGAAGAGUGAAGAGAGACUCUCAUGAUCAAGAAAAUGCUAUGCAGAAUGAAGAGAUCCUUUCAAUAUCAACUUUUAAAGGAAAAAAAAUGUAUGAAGAAAUCAUAGCAGCAACAAAGAAUUUUGAUGCCAGUCAUCUUAUUGGGAAAGGUGGUCACGGAAGUGUUUACAAAGCCGAGAUGUCACCAGGAAAUAUUGUAGCAGUUAAGAAAAUCCACUCUAUGUAUACCAGUGAUAUAGCCCAUCAAAAGGAGUUCUUGAGCGAAAUAAGGGCUUUGACAGAGAUAAGACAUCGAAAUAUAGUGAAAUUUGUUGGUUUCUGUGUACAUUCGCAACACUCAUUCUUAGUCUACGAAUAUCUCGAAAGGGGUAGCUUGGCAACAAUUCUUAGCAAUGAAGCAGAAGCAGCAGUGUUGGAUUGGGAGUAA